GACUUCCCCACCUCUCUCAAACUUUCCUUAUCGUCGUCGUCUGCUGACUGUCAUCGUCUAGCCUUGUCUUUAAUUUUUUCCGUCACCUUACAACUCCUCUUUUCCCCACUUCUCUCCUCACCAAAACUUUUGGUUCUCUCUCUCUCUCUCUCUCUCUCUUAUCGCUACUAUCCUUUUCAAUGAAGAGUGCUAAGUCUCGCUAAAUCAUACCCUCUCUUGUCUCCCCAGCUCUUACACACACUCCUCUGUUCUAUCUGUCUGUCCGUCUGUCUGUGUGAGAGAAUCCUCCUGCAUCGGUAAACCGCCUAAAGCUGCACUAUUUAGAAAUUGCUUUCUCCUUCUACUGUGCUAAAUUCUCGACCCUUUGACUACAUUCACUCGACUCGACCGACCUUCUUGUUGUUGGUCUUCCUUGUCUUACCCUUGCAUUCAACUUGCUUUUGGAUUGUACUUAGCUUGACAAUGUCUUUGCUUUUUCACUAACACGUCCUCUUUGACCUUUUUUUACUGUUAUUGUUAUCGUUAUCGUUCUUGUUUUUAAUUUAAUUUUUUUUUUAUUUUUCUUUUGCUUUUCCAAAGCUCUGUUUUUUUUUAUAUUUUGUUUUUCCUUAAAACUCUUCUUUCUUACUCGUUACUCCUUGUCAUUUCAAUUUCAUUCCUCUAUUGUUCUAUUCUCUCCUCAUGACUCAUGAUUCACACCAUUCUCCUCCUCAUUCUCCAAAACAUAAAACGAAAUCCAAUUCUACGACCAUUAGACCCUCCUCUUCUUCUUCUGCUUCUGCUUCUACUUCUUCUUUUUCCCGUAUGACCUCCUUUCCCAUCUUUCCUUUUUUUCCCAUAUCACACUCUUCUCCUCCUCCUCCUCCUCCUUCUGCUGGUGCUGCUGCUGGUGCUACUAAUACUACUACUACUACAAGACGCCCUUCCCUUUCCUCCACCCAAUCCUCCUCUUCUCCUCUUUUUGACAACCAAUCUCCCGAAUUGCUUCAUUCCAUCCCAGGAAGCCUUCAUCUUGCCUCCGAUGCUUCCAUCGAACGUCUCAUCCAUCGUUUCGGUGCCGUCAGUCUUCUUCGCCAACUUGCCAAAGAUGUUGCUGAACGUGAUGCUUUUAUUUCCAAUGUCAAAUUCCAUUACGAAUCUCGCGAAGCCGUCUUUCGUGACCUUCUUCGUCAACAUGGCUUGGAUCCCGUCCUUGCUAAUACAAAACUGGCAAAACAACGUUCCGUUCUUCCUCCGUCUUUCUCUUCUUCUUAUUCCUCCUCCCAUCCGUCUACUGCCCCUCCUCCUCCUCCUAAUUCUGCUCCCGCCUCUUCGGUACCUCUUCUCUCUUCCCAUUUGGAUGAACCUCCUACUCCUCUCUUCCACGAUAAACCCUUUCUACAGUCCAAAAUUUCCUCCGCCAUCAAUGAACCUUUCCUUCCUCCCCCAUCUUCUUCUUCCUUUUCUUCUUCUUCUCCUCCUCCUCCUCCUCCCCUGUCCCCUACCCUUCCUCCAGUUUCCUUCCCAAAUACCACUGCCAACGGAUCUCCUUCACCCCCUUCUUUUCCAUCUCCCAAACCUACCCACACCACCGACUUGCCCUCUCCUACCCUCUCUCCCACCUACCCAUCCAUGGCCCGGCUAAACCUCGAUGAUCCUUCCUGUUCUUUUUCCCAUAGUGCCGUCGAGCUCUCUGACUCUUUUUCUCCCCUUGCUGAUCCACCCUCCUCUAACCUUCCCUCAUCCGCUGCCGCCAAUCUCACGUUUCCUGGUUCCAUGGAACUCGACAAUCUAAUCCCAAAACAUGAUCUUCCUCCUACUUUAAGAAAUGAUUGGAGUUCUCACACCAUCCUCAAACCCAACCAAACCUUUGACCAAUUCGGUUUCAUCAAUAAUCUUCCUACCUCUUCCAAUCCAUCCUCCAAAACCUUCAAGCCUCUUCAAUCUCUUUCUUCCUCCGUGGCCACUUCAUCCUUUGCCCAUAACCCCGAUUCUACCUUAUCUCCACCCGAUACCUUUUCCCUCUCCAACAAUCCUCAGGAUGCCGCGCAGAUGAAACGCUGGGAUGAAUAUAUCCAAAAGUACUCUAUCAAAUAUGGAAAAUUUGAUGAAAACAGUACUGAUUUACUUGGAAAAUGUAGGUUAGGAAAAACAAAACGUGGCUCAAAAAAGAGGUUUGAACGUUUUCGCCGGCUUGUCAAGCAAGGUGUCCCCGUUCCCUAUCGUCCUAAAGUUUGGCUAGAAUGCUCCGCUGCUCGCCAAUUACAUGUUCCUGGAUACUACGAUGAACUGCUCGCAAAGUCGGAUACCUCUGAUCCUUCCAAUCGAAUUCAAAUUGAUCAGGAUAUAAAGCGAACCCUUGUUGGAAACGUCUUUUUUGGUGGAAAUGGCCCAGGUGUUCCUAAACUUCGGCGUGUUUUGCUCGCUUAUAGCUUACAUAACCCAGAGGUUGGAUAUUGUCAAGGAAUGAAUGUCAUUGCCGCCUUCUUCUUGCUAAUCUAUGCAUCCGAAGAAGAUGUCUUCUACUUGAUUAUGAGUCUUAUCGAAAAUUAUCUCCCAAAAAAUUACUUUACUGAAGAUUUGCUAGGUUCAAGAGCCGACCAAAUCGUCUUGAAAGAAUAUGUCAGUCUUUUGUUACCUCAGAUAAGUUCUCAUUUAGAAACACUGAAGGUAGAUUUGGAAGCUGUUACAUUGCAUUGGUUUCUUAGUUUAUAUACGGAUACCGUGAAUACUAAGCUGGGUUUUCGUAUCCUUGAUUUAUUUUUUUGCGAUGGAUAUCCUUGUUUAUUUCGCGUAGCCCUAGACAUAAUCUAUACCUUAAAAGAUGAAAUAAUGGCAUGCAAUUCCUCGUUUGCCGUUUAUUCCUUGCUAUGUGAUUUAAGAAAUUAUCCAUUCGAGUUGGACUCCUUUAUAAACAACGCCGCCGAAAAAUGGAAAUAUCAAAUUCAUGAGAACGAUUUGCAGCGAAGGCAUACGCGAGCUAUGUCAUUGCUAUGAAGAGAAGGACCUAAAGGAAGCGUUUGAUGACGUUGAGUAAAGAUAUACCCUUAGCCUGGUGUGUGAGUAAUUUUGAUGUUUCCUGUUUGUUUCGUUUCGUGUUCCAUCCGAAAUGCUAAUGAUUGAUGGUUCUUUGGGCACGUAUGAGUUACCGCUUGUCUGUAUAUAUGUAUUAUUAUGAUUUGUUAGAAUUAUUGUUAUUGUUGCUGCGCUUCUUCAACUUGACGAAAGAUAAAUGCUUCCUUUUACUUGAGUUUGAUUUGCCGAUAAUGAUUCCUCUUGGCGUGUUUUCUAAUCCUUUUGUCAAUUUAUAUGUACAUAUUCAAUAAAACAUUUAUUUAUUUUUGGAAUCUAUGUUAUAUACGAAAACCAAUCAAAGCCUUCUUAAAAUGUUUCAAAUUGAGUUUGCAACGACUUGUGUGCCUAAAAGAUGCAUGCUGCUCAACGUACGUGAUUGCCAAGUUUGAAGCUGCUAUAUUAGAUUCGUGAUUACUAUGGGUUACUAAUUGAUGAAUGCAUCCUAUAUUUUCUACCACAAAUCAUUUAUCACGUUUCAUAAUCGCUUUGCUUUGUUCCAUUGGGUUGGUCUUUUCCAGGUGCCAGCAAUUCAAGUUGGGCACAGAUGGACCGGGGAUCCAAAGUAAAACUUACUUGGCAGCCAGAAUCCUUAUAUUGUCUUUAAUUAAAUGUUAUGCUUUUUCAUCAGAGAUGGCUAAUCAAAGAAGCCCUGCAAUAAACGUAUGCUCCUACUCAUUGAUUUCAUAAAGAAGCGAUCACUGAAACUAGACUAGCCAAAUAAGCAAAUGAAACGCAUCAUAUCUUUAAAAAGCUAAUCAUCAAUCAGGAAUGGAAAAUAAUAUAAGAUGAGACUGUUGUCUUCUAUUCCUAUUUCUUUUUGGUUUGUUUACUCGUUACAGACAUAAUUUCGCUUCACGUAUUUAGUUAACGAAACGAAAUUUUUAUCGUUAUUUUUUGAUAAGGAUAAAUUGCGUAAUCGGUUGUUCUCAACCCACUCCAGGCCUCCAACGGUUUUUGUAUAUCGGAAUACUCUGCUCUGUACCGUUUACCAAGUACAGGUGCUCAAAAUAGACCAACUGACUCGUCUCAA